CUGAGAACUUAGUUUAGCUUUGUCGACCCAAGUUAGGAGAAGACGGAGAUGGUCUUAAAACGCCAUUGAAAUAGCUAAAAAAAUGAAGUUUCUCGGACUUUUGGUUGUAUUAUGUGCGAGACCAUUGCUUUGUCAAGAACAAGUAAGAUUGGCAGGUGGGAAGGCACCAGGCGAAGGUCGCGUGGAAAUCUACCAUGAUGGCCGAUGGGGAACAGUCUGUGAUGACGGCUGGGACAUUAGGGACGCUAAAGUUGUAUGUCGUUCUCUUGGUCAACCAAAUGCAACUUACGCAAUACAAGGCGCGUUCUUCGGUCGAGGGUCUGGCAAAAUAUGGCUGGAUGACGUUCAUUGUCGUGGAACUGAAAGUUCUCUGAGUCAAUGUUCACACCGUAGCUGGGGAUUUCAUAACUGUGGGCACGGAGAAGACGCGAGUGUUGUGUGCGGUGAACCUUCGAUUGUCAAGAUAAACAUCACAGAUCUGUCAGGAGUGAUCACAAGCCCUGGAUAUCCUCAGUACAUGCGGAGAGCAAACUACGAGUGGACACUCAGACCUCCAGUACCAAAUACACUUGUGUUGAUUAGCUUCAAAGAGUUCGACUUAAGGCGCCAUGAUAGAGGGAAAAGUAAGGUCACUAUCGAAGACUCAAAUCAUGUUCAACUAUUCCAAAGCGAGAACGCCAAUUUUGGCCAGUUUGCUGUUCGGAUGUCUAACAGUCCAGGGACUCUACGUUUCUAUUCUUCGUUUUCCAGACUGAACGGAGGCGGAAAAGGGUUUCGUUUGAAUUACUUGUUCAUUGGUCAAGGCUUUUGCAAGGCAGACUGGAACGUCACUGUAACGGCAGGAAUCAGCACGGUCAACAUAUCAUGGCCUCCACCAUCAGCAUCCAGCCAAAAUGACACUUCUUACUCUUAUUUGGUUUUGUACAAUUCCACGAACACAGGAGUUCAAAGCUUCACCAAAUUGAAAAACUUGACAUCAAUUACGAUCGACAAUCAGUUUCAGUCUGACAACUUCUCCAUUCAAGUUGUUGCUUUUGACAUGAGAAACCACAGUAUCAAUAGUUGUCCAAAGAUAUUCAGAAAAACUCAAGCUGGCGUAAGGUUGGCAGGUGGGAAGGCACCCGGUGAAGGUCGUGUAGAAGUUUACCACAAUGGUCAAUGGGGAACAGUUUGUGAUGAUGCCUGGGGUUUCAACAAUGCUAAAGUGGUCUGUCGUUCAUUGAAUCUACCAAUAACUGACGUACUUUCAUUCCGACUCGCAAGAUUUGGUUUAGGUGUCGGUAGGAUAUGGUUGGAUAAUGUAGGGUGUACUGGAAGUGAGCCGUCGUUGUACCAGUGUCGCCAUAAUGGCUGGGGAGUUCAAAACUGUGGGCAUAGCGAAGAUGCCAGUGUUGUGUGUGGAAAUCCAAGGC